UGGCGGAAACCAGGAAAUGAUAAAUCACAAGAGGACGGAAAAUCAAAAAGUUAAGAGUACACCGCGAUAAUGCAAUACCAAAGUUUUUACAUACAUAAUAAUUGCAUGUAAUGAUGGCUGUGUCUUACGCAAAGAACCACAAGGUGUUCGGGAAUGAUUUCUAUUAAUGCCCCGUAAAGCCAGAAAGGCAGAGAAGCCUCCCCUGCUAUUUCUGGAGCGGCCUACUGGUGGAGCCAGACUCCAAAAUGUGCCUGAAGUCCGAGCAGCACUCAACCCCAGAGAAUUUUUCACAGAGACACAAGCACACAACAGCUCAUCUCUUAAUUCAUGGGUAAGCCCACAGUUUGACAAUUCAGUUGCAGCUGCACCUCCACUGAGACGAGGGAGGAGAAAAUGCCAGUCUGCCACAAGCAUACUUGACCGUUGCAGUCAGCUGUCCGGGAAAAACAGUGUGUGCAAAUUCCCCUCAUUAUCGUUUCAGACAAGGUCAAGAGACCAGUCUCAUCAGCCCAAGAGUACACGCACAAAGAAAGCUACACAGUCUACUGUUGUGUCUGAUGCAGGAAAUCAACCACAGGGAUCAUGCCAAAUCAAAAAGGCAGUUUCAAGUGCACAGUACUUAGACACACCAAGGAGACCGUCGGCCUCAAUCAGGAAAAGGAAUGUGGAGAGAUUUUCUGGUGGUGCUGCAUCCUCCAGCAGAUGUUUGGAUCAACCUGAAACUCUGUCUAUUCAGGGGAAGAAAUGCAGAAUUCCAGCAGAUGGUACUUCAACACCUGCCUCCAGUGAGUUCAGCACCGGUGAGGUCAGCAGUGUUGGUCCACCACCUGAUGUGGACACUCCAAAAGUAAUACAAGAAGGGAGUAGUUGUACCUCCUCCCCCUCUGUACACUCGCUGCUGGCUCAACCAUGUACACCACCAUGUAAUCGGCCACCUGAAAUUUUGGUGGCUGACACACCAGAGAGGGAUUAUGGGUUGAAGGUGACAUGGAGAAGAAGGAGGGGUCUGAUGUUGUUGUUAAAAGAGAGGGGCCAUCUCUCUGAUUCAGAUGUGCUGAUUCACAGCUGAUGUUGAGGUUUUCUAACGGUAAAGAAACAGUUAUUAUUCAUUGGACCACUUCUACGAUCUGAAUUCUUUUUAUUGAACUGAAUGCAUUCUGAAAGGAUUGUCACAUUUCAUUUCACUGACUUUUUAGUUUGAACCUCAUCAUGAUAAGCCGAGGAUGUAAUGAAAUAACUCUCUCACCCAUCCCUGGUAGUUAUUAUUGUAAGAAUCCAAUCAAAUACGGAAUAAAUUAAUUGCCGUAAUAUCCAAAAAGCAGUCUUUUUUCCAUAAGAGGGAACGUGUUUAAAUUCCAGUUAUGCUGAAUAGAUUAUGUUGCAAAUCAGAGGCAAUUCCUAUAUUCAAACCCAAUUCUGACCUCUAGGAAAACAAGACUGGCUUGUUAUUUUUAUGCUUCUGCAUUUUGAGUCACUGGUUUAAUAAAACCAGGGUUUCUGCAGAGGGAUUAUUUGAACAUUGUUUUUGGUGACUGUAAGCAUUGCUGUGUGACUUAGAAACAUGAUGUCUGUCAACUGUGUUGCAAAAAAGAUGAAUGAAUUUAUAUGUGCAAAGAGAAAAUUGAAUUCUUGGUCUAUUCAGGAGGCAGCAGCUAUUUUUCUGCAUGUAAAAACUAAACACAAAACAGUGUACACUGCUUAAUAAAAUAUCCUAGGUAAAGGAUUUGUU